AUGGCGGCAAAAGAGACAGAAAAACCUCGACGGCGGCUCUUCAACAGCCCCGCAAAAGGCGGCGCUGAUAGCGGCGUCCGAGGCGCCGCCAGGGGCGCCGCUGACCCUGUCCCCGCCCGCGCCGCGACUUCCGGUGGGUUGAAAGAAACCGUCGAAUUGGGGAAGAAGCGCGGCGCGUGGACGGCGGCGGAGGACGCGGAGCUGUGCGCUUACGUGGCAAAGUACGGCGCGGGGAAUUGGAAGCACGUGACGGCGGCGACGGCGCUGAAACGCGACGCGCAGAGCUGCCGCCUGCGGUGGUCCAGCCAUCUAGACCCUAAGAUCCAGAGCCGCUGGCACAGCCUCGUGAACAAGCAGCGCCGGUGGACCAACGAGGCCUCUGCUCCCUCCCCUGGAGAAGGAAGGUCGCUGAUGGGGGGAAACACUACUACCGCCGGCGCCACAGAUGCUUCCCCUGUUGCUACCUUGCUCGGAGGGGGAAGGUCGUCGGCAGGGGGAAACACUACUGCCGCCACAGAUGCUCCACCUGUCACCGCCCCGCUGGGAAGGUCGGCGGGAAACACUAGCUCCGCUACUGUCACCCCGCCGCCCUCUUCCGCCCAGCCCAUCAGGUCGGCGGGAAACACUAGCUCCGCUACUGUCACCCCGCCGCCCGCUGCCGCCCGGGAGCGGCCGGCGAGGAAAACCGCCGCCACAGAUGCUUUGGCUGUUGUGACAGCGCUUUCCCUGCAGGCCCCUACUCGUUCUUCCAACACACAUGCCACUGCCACUGCUUCUCCAACAAGGUUUAGCAGGGUGGAUGCUCAUCAGUCAACACUAGGAGGGGCAGACAUGCUGGUUCGGUCAAGGCUUGGAGGGGUGAAUGUUGCUGCGACAACACUUAACGAGGCUGACUUGCUGGUUCGGUCAAGGCAGUCCACUCUAGGAGGGGCUGACAUGCUGGUUCGGUCCGACAGCGGCAAUGGUUGGAUAAUGAAGCGCGCUUAUAGCGAGGCUUUUGAGCCCGAGGCUGCUGGUGAAGCUGAAGCUGAUGCUGCUGACGUGGCACAAGAAAUGACGGGAUUGAGACAGGCGGAAACGGCGACAGGGGCGGGGUCGGCGGAACUGACGGCGGAAGGGGCGGGGAUGGCGGAAUCGGCGGAAGCGUCGGGAACGGCAGAAACAGGAAUGGCAGAAACGGCGGCGACCGCGACAGCGGCAGCAGCUCCUUCCUCGGGGGUCACCACGAUAGGUCCAUCAGAGGCGUCGUCAGCCGUCGAUUUCCUGAUGAUGAUCCAGCCGCUAAAGACACUGAAGAGGACGGGGUGGGUGAAGCGGGGAGUGCAGGGGCCAGAGUCGAUAGGCGACCACAUGCACCGCAUGGCUUUGAUGGCAUUUGUGCUUUCUGGGGUGGAGGGGAUUGACAGGGAGAGCUAUAGCAGGCGACAUCACCCCAUCGUGCGGAGUGGGCAAGGAGGAGAAGCAUCGCAUGGAAAGGGAGGCCCUCGAGAAGAUGUGUGCUGCUUUAGGCCCCAACCGCACGGCAGCAGCCGCAAGGAGGAGAAGCACCAAAUGGAGAGGGAGGCUCUCGAGAAGAUGUGUGCCGCGCUGGGCCCCAACCGCAAGGCAGCAGCAGGCACUCCAGAAAUGAGUGCCAACUACGACCGCAUCCUGCCGCCUGGCGCAGAAAUGAGUGCCAACUACGACCGCAUCCUGCCGCCCGGCGCAGAAAUGAGUGCCAACUACGACCGCAUCCUGCCGCCCGGCGCAGAAAUGAGUGCCAACUACGACCGCAUCCUGCCGCCCGGCGCAGAAAUGAGUGCCAACUACGACCGCAUCCUGCCGCCCGGCGCAGAAAUGAGUGCCAACUACGACCGCAUCCUGCCGCCCGGCGCAGAAAUGAGUGCCAACUACGACCGCAUCCUGCCGCCCGGCACAGAAAUGAGUGCCAACUACGACCGCAUCCUGCCGCCCGGCGCAGAAAUGAGUGCCAACUACGACCGCAUCCUGCCGCCCGGCGCAGAAAUGAGUGCCAACUACGACCGCAUCCUGCCGCCCGGCGCAGAAAUGAGUGCCAACUACGACCGCAUCCUGCCGCCCGGCGCAGAAAUGAGUGCCAACUACGACCGCAUCCUGCCGCCCGGCGCAGAAAUGAGUGCCAACUACGACCGCAUCCUGCCGCCCGGCGCAGAAAUGAGUGCCAACUACGACCGCAUCCUGCCGCCCGGCGCCCGCCGCCGUCCGGGCGGCAAACUGCAACUUCCAGAGCGCCUUUUCAGCUUAUUCCUGCACCUUCAGGUGGUUCCGGCGGAAACUAACAAAGACUUUUACCCAAGUAGUAUGCGGCUGAUGGCGUUUGGUUUUCAGGGGUGUUCCGGCGCGGUUACCCUUAUCAUCGACUCACCGACAAACGGACGUGCCUACAGUGCCGUGCUCUUCUGUGGAUGCGACGAGGGUUUAUAA